AUGGCGUACGUGUUGACAGAAACCUCUGCUGGUUAUGCGCUGUUGAAAGCGUCCGACAAGAAAAUCUACAAGUCGUCGUCUUUGAUCCAAGACCUCAACUCGUCUGACAAAGUGUUGAAGCAGUUCAAAGUUGCUGCUUUCUCGAAGUUCGGUUCCGCUGCAGAGGCAUUGCAAGAAGCCAACAGCAUUGUCGAGGGUAAAGUGUCGACCCAGCUGCAAAAGUUGUUGGACGAGAGCAAAGCCGACAAGAAGGCCACUUUGGUGGUCUCUGAGACCAAACUGGCCAAUGCCAUCAACAAAUUGGGUCUCAACUUCAACGUCGUGUCCGAUGCAGUCACUCUGGACAUCUUCAGAGCCGUCAAGGAAUACCUGCCAGAGCUUUUGCCCGGCAUGAGUGACACUGACAUGUCGAAAAUGUCGUUGGGUCUUGCCCACUCCAUUGGCCGUCACAAACUCAAGUUUUCGGCCGACAAAGUCGACGUCAUGAUCAUCCAGGCCAUCGCCCUUCUCGACGACUUGGACAAGGAACUCAACACCUACGCAAUGAGGUGCAAGGAAUGGUACGGCUGGCAUUUCCCUGAGUUGGCCAAAAUCGUGACCGACUCCGUCGCUUACGCUCGUCUAAUUUUGGCCAUGGGUGUGAGAUCCAACUGCGCCGACACCGACCUCAGCGAAAUUCUACCUGAGGAAAUCGAAGAGCGUGUUAAGGCUGCUGCUGAGAUCUCGAUGGGUACCGAAAUCACUGCUGUGGAUUUGGACAACAUCAAGUGUUUGGCUACUCAAAUUACCGAGUUUGCUGCUUACAGAGAACAGCUAUCCAACUACCUAUCUGCUAGAAUGAAGGCUAUUGCCCCCAAUUUGACCCAGCUGGUGGGUGAAUUGGUUGGUGCCCGUUUGAUUGCCCACUCCGGUUCUCUUAUUUCUCUUGCCAAGUCUCCUGCCUCUACUAUCCAGAUUCUAGGUGCCGAGAAAGCUUUGUUCAGAGCUCUUAAAACCAAGCACGACACUCCAAAAUACGGUCUUCUAUACCAUGCCUCUUUGGUUGGACAGGCCACUGGUAAGAACAAGGGUAAGAUCGCCAGAGUUCUAGCUGCUAAGGCCGCUGUUUCUCUACGUUACGAUGCUCUUGCUGAAGACAGAGACGACUCUGGUGAUGUUGGUUUGGAGGCCAGAUCCAAGGUGGAGAGCAGACUGUCGCAAAUGGAGGGCAGAGACUUGAGAACCACUCCUAAGGUGGUACGUGAAGCCAAAAAGGUCGAAAUCACAGAAGCUAGAGCCUACAACGCCGAUGCUGACACUGCUACCGAAGCCGCAUCAGCCUCUGUCGACUCCGAUGAGGAAGACUCCGAUGCCGAGGUCGAGGCCGAGGUGAAGGAAGACAAGAAGGACAAGAAAGACAAGAAGGAAAAGAAGGACAAGAAGGACAAGAAGGACAAGAAGGACAAGAAGAGAAAGAGAGAUGACGAAGCCGAAGAAAAGGAGUCCAAGAAAUCCAAGAAGGACAAGAAGGAAAAGAAGGAAAAGAAGGACAAGAAGGACAAGAAGUCGAAGAAAGACAAGAAAUAA